AUGUCUCCACUUCUAAGAAGCGUUAUUGACAUCGCUGAAGUUUUCGAUCAUUAUGCCUCACAUAGCUGUGAUGGGGCAUCACUGAGCAAGAAAGACCUGAAGAACCUCCUUGAAAGGGAACUUGGGGAUGUCCUCCAGAGACCACAUGACCCUGAGACGGUAGAUGUGAUCCUAGAACUCCUGGAUCGGGACUCCAAUGGCCGUGUUGAUUUCAACGAAUUCCUCCUGUUCCUUUUCAAGCUUGCUCAAGCUUGCUAUUCCGCUCUCAAUCAGGCCGUAGGGCUAGAUGAAAAGACAGCCCUGCCUAGAGAGAAGAGGAGCCUGUCACAAGAUCGCAGGCAAGAAGACCAAAGGAGAUUCGAGCCCCGGGACGUACAACAGGACGAAGAAGCCGGGCGCCGAAGCUGGCAGAAGAGACGUGAGCAGGAGGAGCGCGCUGAAGAGCAGAGCAGGAGGCAGGAGAGACUGGAGGAGAGACAGCAGAGGCGAGAACUGCAGGAACUGGAGGAGCGCCUGGCGGAGAAAGAGCCUCUAAGCUGGAGCCAGGGUCCUGAUGCUGAAGAGUUUUCCGAGGAAGAGGAACAGCAAAGGCAAGAACUCAGGAGCAGGCAGCAGAGGGAAGAGAGACGGCUGCAGAAGCGCGGGCGACAGGAGCUGCGCGACCCCCAGCUUAGGCGCGAGCAGGAGUUAGUGGCUGAGGAGGACGAGGAGCAGACGCAACUCCGGGAGCCCCAGAGUCUCACCCGGAGGUGGCAGAGGCAGCUCGAAAGCGAGGCCGAAGCCCGUCAGAACAAAGUCUACGCCAGGCCCAGCAGACAGGAGCCGGAAGAGCGUCAGCUCCGGGAGCAGGAGCAGCGGUCCCGGGAGCUCCGAAGGCAGCGAGCCCAGGAGGAGGAGGAGGAACGCUUGGAGCAGCAGCAGCGGUCGCAGAGGCGCCAGACAGAGGAGCAGCGCUUCCGGGAGGAGGAGCAGCAGCUAGCAGAGCUCCAGGACAGCCUCCUAGAGGAACGCCAGAGGCGUCGCCAGGAAGAGCGCAGGCAACUGCAGGAAGAAAGCCAAAGGCGCAGCAGGCUGUACGCCAAACCCAGCGCCAGGCAGCAGAGGGAGGAAGUGCUGCGGGAGGAGCGGCUGCUGCAAGAAGAGGCUCAGCAGCGCCGACAGCGGGACAGAAAAUACCGCCAGGAGGAAGAGCUGCAGCGGGACGAAGAGCAGCUGCAGCGAGACGAAGAGCAGCUGCAUAGGGAAAGAAGGCGCCUGCAGCAGGAGAGGCAGUUUCAAGAGGAGGACCUGCAGCAGGAGGAAGAGCGGCUGCAGCAGGAGGAAGGGCGGCUGCGGAGAGAAAGAAGGCGCCUGCAGCAGGAGAGGCAGUAUCAAGAGGAGGACCUGCAGAGGCUGAGAGACGAAGGUCAGCGUAGGGAUCUGAAGUGGCAGUGGCAACCAGAGAAAGAAACUGAAGCUCGUGGCCGCAGGCUCUUCUCCAAACGCAGGGAGGAUGGAGAACAGAUCCGCCAGCUGGAGGAUUCUCUGGAGCAUGAAAGACGCUCACGUCAGGAUCGGCGGCCUCUGCAAGACGAAGCAGAAGAGAAGCGAGAGCUGGAGCAGGAAAGGCGGCGGCGACAGCAGCGCGACCGGCAGUUCCUAGAGGAAGAGCAGCUGCAGCGAGAGCGCCAACGGGAAGCCGCACGACGAGGCGAGAGGCUCCGGGAGGAAGAGCAGCUCCUGAGAGACUCGAGGAGACGGCCACAGGAGAGGGACGGAAAGUUCCUUGAGGAGGAAAGGCAGCUGCGGAAGGAGCGGGAAGAGCUGAGGCAAAGACGAGAAGAGAGACAGUUCCAGGAGGAGGAGCUGCGCCGCCAAGAACAGGAGAAAGAACUUCGGCAGGAGCGCGACAGAAAAUCCCGUGAGGAACAAGAGCGCCGCCAGCAGCGGUGUGAGGAGGAGCAGCUCCGGGAAGAAGAGCAGCUCCGUCAGCAACGACAGCAAAGAGACAGGAAACUCCGCCGGGAAGAAGAGCGCUUGCAGGAACUGGAGGAAGAGCAGCUAAGACGCCAGGAGCGUGACAGGAAAGUCCGCCGGGAUCAAGAGCGCCUGCAGGAGCUCGAGGAAGAGCAGCUGAGGCGCCAGGAACGUGACAGGAAAGUCCGCAGGGAAGAAGAGCGCCUGCAGGAACUGGAGGAAGAGCCGCUGAGGCGACAGGAACGUGACAGGAAGCUCCGCCGGGAUCAAGAGCGCCGUCGGGAGCUUGAGGAAGAUCAGCUGAGGCGACCUGAGCGUGAGGACAGAAGAUUCCGCCAGGAACAAGAGCGUCGCCAGCAGCGGCGUGAGGAGGAGCAGCUCCGGGAAGAAGAGCAGCUCCGUCAGCAACGUGACAGGAAACUCCGAAGGGAAGAAGAGCGCCUGCAGGAGCUCGAGGAAGAGCAGCUGAGGCGACAGGAACGUGACAGAAGAUCCCGCCAGGAACAACAGCUUCGCCAGGAGCAGCGUGAGGAAGAGCAGCUGAGGCGCCAGGAACGUGAAAGGAAACUCCGCCGGGAAGAAGAGCGCCUGCAGGAACUGGAGGAAGAGCAGCUGAGGCGACAGGAACGUGACAGGAAGCUCCGCCGGGAAGAAGAGCGCCUGCAGGAACUGGAGGAAGAGCAGCUGAGGCGACAGGAACGUGACAGGAAAGUCCGUCGGGAUCAAGAGCGCCUGCAGGAACUGGAGGAAGAGCAGCUGAGGCGACAGGAACGUGACAGGAAGCUCCGCCGGGAUCAAGAGCGCCGUCAGGAGCUUGAGGAAGAUCAGCUGAGGCGACCUGAGCGUGAGGACAGAAGAUUCCGCCAGGAACAAGAGCGUCGCCAGCAGCGGCGUGAGGAGGAGCAGCUCCGGGAGGAAGAGCAGCUCCGUCAGCAACGUGACAGGAAACUCCGAAGGGAAGAAGAGCGCCUGCAGGAGCUCGAGGAAGAGCAGCUGAGGCGACAGGAACGUGACAGAAGAUCCCGCCAGGAACAACAGCUUCGCCAGGAGCAGCGUGAGGAAGAGCAGCUGAGGCGCCAGGAACGUGAAAGGAAACUCCGCCGGGAAGAAGAGCGCCUGCAGGAGCUCGAGGAAGAGCAGUUGCAGGACAGGAAGUUCCUCCGGGAACAAGAGCUCAGGCGUGACAGAAAACUCCGUCGGGAAGAAGAGCGCCUGCAGGAACUGGAGGAAGAGCAGCUGCGAGACCGAAAGCUGAGGGUGGAGGAGCAGCUUCGCAGGGAGCGCGAGGCAGAGCGGCAGCGUGGACAGGAACGUGACGGAAAAUUCCGCCGGGAACAAGAAUUCCGCCAGGAACUAGAGGAUGAGCAGCCGAGGGAUAGAAAGUUCCGCCGGGAACAAGAGCUCAGGCGCGACAGAAAACUCCAGGAGGAAGAAGAGCGCCUGCAGGAACUGGAAGAAGAGCAGCUGAGGCGACAGGAAAGAGACAGGAAACUCCGUCGGGAAGAAGAGCGCCUGCAGGAACUGGAGGAAGAGCAGCAGAGGCUCCAGGAAAGAGACAGGAAACUCCGUCGGGAAGAGCGCCUGCAGGAACUAGAGGAAGAGCAGCCUAGACGCCAGGAGCGUGAGAGGAAACUUCGCCAGGAAGAAGAGCGCUUGCAGGAACUGGAGGAAGAGCAGCUGAGACGCCAGGAGCGUGACAGGAAAGUCCUCAGGGAAGAAGAGCGCCUGCAGGAACUGGAGGAAGAGCAGCUGCGAGACCGAAAGCUGAGAGUGGAGGAGCAGCUUCGCAGGGAGCGCGAGGCAGAGCGGCAGCGUGGACAGGAACGUGACAGAAAGUUCCGCCGGGAAGAAGAGCUCAGGCGGGACAGAAAACUCCGUGAGGAAGAAGAGCUCCGCCAGGAACUCCAGGAAGAGCAGCGGAGACGCCAGGAACGUGACAGGAAAUUCCGUGAGGAAGAAGAACGCAGUCAGGAGCGCGACCAGAGAUUCCGCGGGGAACCAGAGCUCCGGAAUGAAAAAGAGGGGCAUCAGCGGCGCCGCCAAGAACUCGAGGAAGAACAGCUUCGCUUUGAGGAACAGCAGCGUCGCCACCAGGAACGAGAGCAACAGCUUCGCCAAGAGCGCGACAGGGAAUUCCGGGAGGAGAAGCAGCAGCGCCAGGAACGUGAAGAACUGCAGCUGAGGAGGCAGAAACGAGAUGGGCAGUACUCGGCUGAGAAUCAGUUUGCCAGGGAUACGAUUCGUCGUCGUCAGGAACAAGAAAGACGUCAGGAAGAGGAACAAAGACGUCGCCAAGAGCGGGAGAGGAAAUUUCAAGAGGAGCGGAUCCGUAGGCAGGAGGAGCAGAGGCGCCGCCAAGCCUUGGAGACUGGCACGCGCCAGUUUGCCAACGUCCCGGUGCGUUCCAGCCCUCUCUAUGAGUACAUCCAAGAGCAGAGGUCUCAAUACCGCCCUUAA